AUGGAUUCUAUGGACCCACGGCUAGUGGGACAGGCCUUGAAUUACCACGGUCAGCAGUUGCAAAAAGUUUGGGAAGGUGAACGCAAUGAAAAUGAACUUGCGAUGCUCAAUCUUAAAGAUCCGAGCUUUGAAAUUUAUCAACAACGUCAGAAGACCCUCAGUUUUGGAGACAGAGGAAAGAGACUUAAACUUCAGCAGUUUAUUGCUAAAAAAGCAGAUACUGUUUAUGACAAAUCUAAUUUAGACAGAAGUGCUGAACCAAUCAAGCAAGAGCUUGGUGAUGAAGAAUUUUAUGCAACAAUGCCGGGGCUUGAUUCAUUUGUCACGAUGGAAAAAUCACAACGUAUAAAGAAUUUUCUAGAAAGUUUAGUAGCAGGAGACAUUAUUUUUGCACAAGUUAUGGGCAAAAGUGCUACUGGAUUAUUAUUAAAAGUUCUAUGUAAUUGCAGCGAUUGCCCGAGAGUUGUUGGUGAUUUAGGGAUAAAGGCGCUGAUAUUAAACUCGGCAACAGUACCAGCCGUUGACAAGAAAGGCGUAACUCGGGGUUACAUGGCCAAUGAUCUGGUCUGCGUGGUUGUUAGCGAAGUAAACGUUGACGCUGAGCGUAUCGUCGCUGUUAUGAAUGUUUCCCCUCGAGACGGACAAGCUCCGCACCCUCCAAUGGGUCUGAUACAUUCAGAAGACUUACCAGAAGCCUACAAGAAAGCGAUGGACAACAAAGGACAGAGUUAUGAAACAAUCUUGGAGAAAAGUACUGGCUUCAACAAUCCCAACAACAUUAAAUAUCUUAGCGACUUGAUGGGUCUUGGACGGGAACACUAUUCUUUAAUGGUGGGCUUGAGAGAACGCUUUCCACCCAAUGAAUAUGCCAAUGAGUUGAGACAGACACAGGCUAGCAAGUGGGCUUUCAAGAGCGUUGCCGAGGGGAUUGAUCAUUUUAAGGCUGGACGACAUACUGAAGCCUUUCAGUGUCUUAACAAGGCACUUACUGUUGAUCCCAAAAAUGUUGAGGGUCUCGUAGCACGUGGUGCUUUAUAUGCCAACAGUGGAAGUUUUAAAAAAGCAAUUGAAGAUUUUGAGACAGCUUUAAAGUUGAAUCAUACGCACGCGAAUGCGCGAAAAUACAUGGCCGAGACUUUAGUAGCUUUGGGACGUAGUUACGAAGACGAAAAGAAGUUUGAGGAAGCUCAAAAAGCUUAUGAAAAUUGUCUGGCUAUUGCCCCGAUGCAUGAAGAGGCCAGAAACUCAAUUGAAUAUAUUAAGACCAAAACAACUGGUGUAACUGGGGCACCAUUUAAUUCUUUGGAGCCGUUCAAAACGUUUGAUGGUGAAGCCGAGCAAUCAGAGAGUAAGAAGGACAAAAAGAAGCGCAAAAAAGAGCGAAAAUCAAGGUCCAAAAAACGGGCCAGGUGGAGUUCUAGCUCAAGUUCUUCAUCCAGUGGAUCCUCGAGCUCUUCUAGCUCUGAUUCGAGCAGCUCUUCUUCUUCCGGUAGUUCUGGUAGAUCAGCCUCGCGAUCUCCAAACCGGAAGAGGAAGCACAAGAAAGAUCACCGCGGCUCACUCUCGCCGCUCAGUAAACGCAUGGCUCAGUACAAUAAUCCUCCGGCUGCUUCUGCUAGCAGCGGGUCUCACGAUCCUUUGAGCUCGCAAUCUUACUCUGGAAACUCGAGGGAAAAAAUGGAUGAUUAUGAAAGUAAAGUAAGGAAAUUCCUUGAACAGACUAAGGAUGACAGCGAUUAUGAGGACAAAGUAAGAAAGUUUUUGGAGGAGACAGCUCGCUGGAAGCGCGAGAAGGAAAAGGAGAAAAAACAUUCCGAGACAGAUAAAAUAAAAAAGAAGAAAAAGAAAGAAAAGAAGGGCAAGGAUAAAGAAAAAGAAGAGAAAAAAUCACGCAAGAAGAAAAAGAAGGAAGAAAGAAAGAAGCGUAGAAAUAAGGAUAAGCUUGAGCGUGAUUUAGAAGCGCUUAAAAAAUCAUCGUUGCCCGACUUGGAGCAACUAGAGUCUAAAUUGAGUGCUUAUUACGCUAAAGUGGAAAAAGAAACCGCCGUGCUGAAGAAGUUUUACGCUCAGUAUAAUGAAAUGCCUCCUUCCCCUCUUAGUAAUGCGGAUAAACUUGCCGAAAGCUCACGACGAGAGGAAGAAAUGCGCAGAGAAAAAGACCACAGAGAUCGCGAAGAUGGUGCCAAAGCUUAUCAUGAACGAGAUCCUAGAGUACCGAUGACUUCUCAACAGCGUAAAGGAACAUACAACGAUUACCUUGCAGAGGUUCAACGGAAGCCAAUCCCAGACCUCUUUGAGCAAGACUCUCAGCUGAUGCAUUCAGAACCGAAGCUUCCAACAUUAGACACCGCAGCACUUAACGCAAAAUGGAAAGCAGCGCAAGCUGCGCGUCAAAAAGAGUCCUCCCACUCAGUGGGUAAGUGGCAAAACCUCCACCCCAUAGACAAGAAGACAAUUCACAUCGACAGUGAUGACAAUCGCGACAUGGACGAAAAGUUGCAACGCGCUGCCGUCGACAAGUCUUUCAACGUCCGUAAACAGAUGCAGCGUGAACUCCAGCAAGACAAGCGAUCGAGCCAGCCGGUGAUGACCCCAAAUGUUCCUGUGGCUAAAGAACCCGUUCCGAAGCAAAACCCUGUAAAAUAUCCCACGCCUCAGCCGCAAAAUAAAUUUCAAUCUUACAAAGACAGUACACUGGCUCCCCAGCCGUCGACCAACAGCAAGUUUACCUCGAAUCUUGGUGGGAAAUUCCAACCCAUCGGGCAAAGCCAUCCCCCAGAGCCGCCACUUCCGCCUUCGACCAAAGCACCAAAGGGUCCAAGGUCAGACUCUGACAGCGAGGAUGACCACUCUAGACAGCCGAGAAGACGCGCUGGCUCUCGUGGUCCGAUGAUUAAGCGUUUGAGCCGCGAACGUCCAAUGAGACGCUCUCACAGUCGUUCUAGGUCACGAAGCAGCUCCAGUGGUUCUCGGUCCAGGUCACCGCGUCGGUCACGUUCCAGGUCCUACUCAAAUCGUCGUUCUGGGAGCUACGAGAGAAAGUACAGCCGGUCUCCAUCGGGAACCUACAGUAGGUCACGAUCGCGCUCCAGGUCGAGGUCUUACUCGCGAAGUCGCAGUCGUAGCAGGUCUGGAGACCGCGGGUACUACCGGAAGCGACAGUUCCGCCCGUACAACAACAACCGCGGCACCUAUUACAAGCCGAGGUUCCAGAAUUUUAAUAAUCAAAAUCAUCGUGGUGGGCCGGGAGGUUUCCAAAAUCGUAAUAGAUUUUACAAUAAUAACCAGCACAACAGGUUCAACAAUAGGAAUCGCGGGUACAAUAAUCGUCUGAACAAUCGUGGUCGUGGAAAUAAUAAUAACAACAACCGCGGAAGAUUCUUCCACAACAAACCAGGCUACCGCGACUUCAGAGACCGACGAGAUUUCCGUGACCGCAGAGGAAGCUCCCGGGACAGAUACAGCGACCGCAGCUACUCGCCAGACCCGAUGAGGAAGGUCGACGAAGCUAAGGAAAAGAUUAACAAAAUGCUGGAGAAUCACGAUGGUAACCACGAAGGCAGUGCGCCACCUCCACCCCCGCCUCCGUCUAGCAAGAGGCACGACGGCCCGCUGAGUGAAGGAGAAGAACGCGACGAGGAUGAUUACGAGCGUUGGGACGCCGGGGCUGGUGACAACGCCACUAAGAAGGUGAAGGUCAAAAAGGAGGAACAAGAAUAUGAGGAGGUUCGGAAAGAGGACUCACCACUCGAGGGAAAGGAUCACUUUAUUGAGCGCAUGAAGCAGCGCAGUAAGAAUGUGCUGAUCAAGCGCGAAGCUGCUGCUAGACGAGAAAAAGUACGGCUUUCACAAAACUAA